AUGACUCUUGGAGCGGUCCGACAGCGCUACUGGAUCCCGCGCGGGAGAGCCGUUGUCAAGCUGUGGUUGCGUCGUUGCGUUACCUGCGUUCGGUGGCGAGCGACCAUUCCGCAGCAGCUGAUGGAGAGCCUGCCGCGGAAUCGAGUCACUCCCGCACGGCCUUUCUUCAACACUAGCGUGGACUACGCCGGGCUCAUUCAGUUGCGGACUAGUAGGGGACGUGGCCAGCGCUCGUACAAGGCAUUUAUCGCCGUGUUUGUUUGCUUAACCACUCGAGCAGUCCAUCUCGAGGCGGUAUCGGACUACACCGCCGACGCGUUCCUGACAGCUUUACGUCGGUUUGUAUCGCGUCGUGGUCUUUGUCACACGAUCCGAAGUGACUGCGGGACGAACUUUGUCGGCGUCGACGCCCAGUUGCGGGCUUUCUUUACCGAGAGCAGCCAGGAGCUGCGCCGGAUCGUCGGACAACUGGUGACGGAGCAGAUUCAGUGGAGGUUCAAUCCUCCCUCGGCACCGCACUUUGGCGGUAUUUGGGAGGCCGCGGUGAAAUCACUGAAGCACCACCUGCAGCGAGUCCUGGGUGACUCCACCUUGACCUUUGAGGAGAUGAGCACCCUCCUAGCUCAGGUGGAAGCGUGCCUAAAUUCUUGCCCGCUCCAGGCGUUGUCCGACGAUCCCGAGGACUUGUCGACCUUGACUCCCGGCUUCCUGGUGGGGGGACUAUUGACGGCCGUGCCUGACCCAUCACUGACAGAGCUGCCUGUCAACCGUCUGACUCGCUGGCAGCUCCUACAGCAGAUGCGCAAUCAUUUCUGGGAGCGCUAG